CCACGUUCUGCAUUAGGUUUCAGAAGGAGGCGUCUUGAUAAACGCCUUCAUUUCCUUCCUUGCCUUGUCUCUGUUCCUUGCGCUUUCAUUUUCAUUCUUUCACUCACCUCCUUUGCACUACGAAGAUGAGAGAGUGUAUCUCAAUCCACAUUGGUCAGGCCGGUAUCCAGGUUGGAAAUGCCUGCUGGGAGCUUUAUUGCCUCGAACACGGAAUUGGGCCUGAUGGCCAAAUGCCCAGUGACAAGACCGUUGGCGGUGGUGAUGAUGCUUUCAACACCUUCUUUAGCGAGACUGGUGCUGGAAAGCAUGUGCCACGAGCUGUUUUCGUAGAUCUUGAGCCUACUGUCAUUGAUGAGGUGAGAACUGGGACUUACCGCCAGCUCUUCCAUCCUGAGCAGUUGAUCAGUGGUAAAGAAGAUGCUGCCAACAACUUUGCCCGUGGUCAUUACACCAUUGGAAAAGAGAUCGUUGAUCUGUGCUUGGAUCGCAUCAGAAAGCUUGCUGACAACUGCACUGGGCUGCAAGGAUUCUUGGUUUUCAACGCAGUAGGUGGAGGCACUGGUUCUGGGCUUGGUUCGCUUCUCCUGGAGAGGCUGUCUGUUGAUUAUGGAAAGAAAUCAAAGCUUGGGUUUACAGUCUACCCGUCACCUCAGGUGUCCACCUCUGUCGUAGAGCCCUACAACAGUGUUCUCUCUACCCAUUCUCUCUUGGAGCACACUGAUGUUGCUGUACUUUUGGACAAUGAGGCUAUUUAUGAUAUUUGCAGGCGCUCCCUGGACAUUGAACGUCCCACCUACACGAAUCUCAAUCGUCUUGUGUCUCAGGUCAUUUCCUCUUUAACUGCCUCUUUGAGGUUUGAUGGUGCCUUGAAUGUGGAUGUGACCGAGUUCCAGACCAAUUUGGUCCCAUAUCCUAGAAUUCACUUUAUGCUUUCCUCUUAUGCACCAGUCAUCUCUGCUGAGAAGGCUUAUCAUGAGCAACUCUCAGUAGCUGAAAUCACCAACAGUGCGUUUGAGCCUUCAUCAAUGAUGGCCAAAUGUGAUCCUCGCCAUGGUAAGUACAUGGCAUGUUGUCUGAUGUAUAGGGGUGAUGUUGUGCCCAAGGAUGUGAAUGCUGCGGUUGCCACCAUCAAGACCAAGAGGACCAUACAGUUCGUUGACUGGUGUCCUACUGGUUUCAAGUGCGGUAUUAACUAUCAACCACCAACUGUUGUUCCCGGCGGUGACCUUGCCAAGGUUCAGAGGGCAGUUUGUAUGAUUUCAAACUCCACUAGUGUUGCGGAGGUGUUCUCUCGCAUUGACCACAAGUUUGAUCUUAUGUAUGCUAAGCGAGCAUUUGUCCACUGGUAUGUGGGUGAGGGUAUGGAAGAAGGGGAAUUUUCUGAAGCUCGUGAAGAUCUUGCUGCUCUUGAGAAGGAUUACGAGGAGGUGGGUGCAGAGUCAGCUGAGGGUGAGGAUGAUGAGGGAGAUGAAUACUAGAAUCUUUUUUAUUCUUGUCCUUGUUUUAUUGCCUGUGUUUUUUGUAUCUCCUUUUCUGUGCUUGUGACUACAUCACUGCUGGUGAAUUUUAUUUUGAACUCUGAUUCCUGUGUGUUUUUAUUGUUACUUGUAAGUGGAUUUAAAUUCUGUUCUGACGUGGUGUGUUAUUAUAUCCCAACAGCUCUGUUUGUAAUA